AAUGCCAGCGAGGAACAAGAUCCACCAAGAUCAGAUAAAAACUGCGCACCUCCGACUCCGUCAAUCCGCACCAGGCUCGCCUCGAUGAAAUCACGCCGCAUGCGCGACUAUUCCCGGGAUCAAGAAUCAGAUCCUUGUUCUCACAUUUCCAAGAUUAUGAUCAAUUGCGCGUCAGCAUCCACCGACAAUGGCUGUCUGCCUCUGCAGCACGAUCCACACGCUCGCGCACCACCCAAACGAGAGCCGUGCCCUUGAGCUGGCGGCUACCCUGGACGCUCAUCUGAACGACAUACGGAUCCUUUUGGCACAGUCAAAAGGCCUUUCACGCAAAAUACAAUACAAAGUCACUUCGAACAUUGAUAGGACUUCUAAAGCUUUGUCGCUCAAGAAAUCGACUGUGACGCCGGCGGAAGGUCUAGGCCAGUGUUUACAAGGGGGCAUGGAUAGCUUCUGGACAGUGAAGAAUCAAAACAGUGGACUGCAAGACCUCCAGCGUCGCAUGGCUUGCGUUGUGAUUUUUCUCGAAUCAAUUCUGGAACACGAAACUUCCAUACCCCCUCACAUCGCCAACAUAUUGAAAGGACAGUGUAGGUAUACCGAAUUGCGCAAUGCUGGUAGGAAGUACAUCAAAAUUGCCAGGAAGCUUGGGAGUCUGGGGUCCAUCCUGUGGCUGCCCUUGAGUAUUCCCUAUUCCACCUAUGAGAGGUAUCUGCAAGUUGAUGACGCUGACAUCCUUCGCCAAUUGGAAUCAGCCAGACCGCCCAAUGGCGAGAAAUACACAAAAAAGAUCCAGGAACUCAUUGUACGAGAGCUCAAAGAUACAUCCUCACCAUUGUCGUAUUAUAACCUCGUCGUGGACUAUCCACAGGUGUUACCUGCUUCAGAUCUCCUGCUGCUCCUCCUGCACGCACUCGGCGGGGCAGACAUCCCAGACGUGAUCUUCAACCGUCUUCAGAAACCACAAAAACGUUGGAAUGAUGACGGGGAAAUGGAAGAUACCAGUGCGCUCGACUUUGGACUCCCAGCAGAACUUCUGAACUUGGCAUCCGAUGACGAGAACCUAUCGCCCGCGCAGUCAAGCCCUGACAUAGAGAACAAGACCACUAAAGAUGGCGUUUUGCUUUUCUCACUGACCGCCGAGGCCAAGUCGAGACUCGAAGACGCACUUGUCCCGGCUACAGUCGAGCAUCUCGGCAAGAUGGCCCAAAAACUAUUAUGCUACAUUUGCCCACCUUGUCUCGAAGGCAACCUGGAAUGGUCUGUCCCUUUGAAAACCUUGAUGUGGCCAGUGGUAGAGAGAGCGAUCACCACCCACAAGGUGCCCGUCUCUCUUCGCAGCCACGCCGCCGAGGCCGUCCUCUACUUUGCCGAGCGGGACUCUGUCCCGAUCCGUCAGUCGUCUGUUGCCUUGGCCAAAUCACUGCUGCGAAAAUCAAUGCCGUACCAUCUACACGCGUCCGUGGUCCUGUUCCAAAGCACACUGCUACGCAUCGACGGCGAAUUCGUCAAGUCUGAAUCCAUAAUUCGCGACUUCAACUGGAAAGGACCCAAACCAGUCACGCGGCGUGAUCAUGGUCUUCUUGGGCGACUCCACGUGUCGCUCGUCGAAACCAAGAUCAAGCUAUACGACAAGGAUGUUGCGUCGUGGAUAUACAAGUGGGAAGCCCAGCAACCACAGUCCAGCCUCGACACAGAAGUGACAUUCCGGCUGCAGAGUACAGCAGCGCGAUACUUCCAGUCCAUUGGAGACUUCCCAGCCGCUCGCGAGUCCCUGAACCAGUUCUUGUCACUGGGCAGCGCGAAGCCACUGCGGUCAAACACACGGCGGCUGCUUGUGGGGAGGUUGGCAGACGUCUACUGUGAGAUGAAAGAGUACGACAAGGCGAUUGAUCUUUUGCAGGCCGAGAUGGACCAGACUGCUCCACCGGACCGGUCCCGACGCUGGUUUGCGAGAUUACUUCUCGCCGGCGUCGAGGCCAACAUCGGCCUGGGUCGGAUGGAAACCGCAGGCUGCAUGCUGGAGGAGCUCUCGAGCACCGAACCCAAGGAACUCGACGAUAUCCACGAUCAACAGCUCCAUAUACGUCGGCUUGUAGCUUCUGCUCGGAUGACCCAUGUGAGUGGCACGCCUGAAGAAGCUGUUGCGUGCUGGCAGGCUCUUCUCCGGAGGGUUUCCGACAUGCACACCCUCACUAGUUUCGCGACUGCCGUGAUACAUCUGUCACUAGCUCACGCACACCUCUUGACGGGAGACAGAGACAGUGGACGACGGGCAUGGGCAACGGGGUUGGAGAUCCUCAGGCAGGUUGCGUGCGAGUUCUGGCUACCGACCGUGACCACGCUGUGGCUUCAGUGGAUUGCCGCAGACGUCUAUAGGUUGCAAAGCUGGUCGUUCCGAAUGAUGCAGCCGGGCGGCAAACCUGAUGUCGUAUGCUGUGGCCGACGCAGAGCCCCAGACGGGGGCGCACACGACGUGACGACGCCCAAGUUUGACACAUGAGCCUGGAUUAACUCUAAAUUCGCCAACAUUACGUACUAUCGAAC